GGCCAGCCCCGUCCUUCCGCGGCCGGGCGGCAGCACCAUGACAGCUGAACAUGUUCUCUGCCAGGAAGUGGUGUGGCAUUUUCAGAGCUGUCAGACUGCAUCAUUGCAGAUCCCGUUCUGUAUCCAGAGCCUCUCCAAACCUGACUUUCGUGCCAGCCUGUCUUCCCCCAGAUCCUGCAGAAGUGGAGGAGCUGCAGCGCUUUGUUUCUAACUCCAAGAGGCUGUUUGUAAUGACUGGAGCUGGAAUCUCCACGGAGUCAGGGAUCCCCGAUUAACGCUCUGAGGGCGUGGGGCUCUAUGCCAGGACAGACAGACGGCCCGUCCAGCACGCCGAGUUCGUCCGCAGCGCCAGCGCCCGGCAGCGCUACUGGGCAAGGAACUUCGUGGGCUGGCCCCAGUUCUCCUCCCACCAGCCAAACAAGGCACACCUGGUGCUGAGGGACUGGGAGAAGCUGGGCAAGCUGCACUGGCUGGUGACCCAGAAUGUGGAUGCCCUUCACACCAAAGCUGGGAGCCAGCGCAUGACGGAGCUGCAUGGCUGCACACACAGGGUUUUCUGCUUGGCCUGUGGAGACCGAAUCCUGCGUUCUGAGCUCCAGGAGCACUUUGAAGCUCUGAAUCCCACUUGGAAAGCUGAAGCCUUUGGGGUGGCUCCAGAUGGGGAUGUCUUCCUGACGGACGAGCAGGUGCGCAAUUUCCAAGUCCCAGCCUGCCGUAAGUGUGGUGGGAUCCUGAAGCCUGAUGUGACCUUCUUUGGAGACACAGUGAGCCAGGAAAAAGUCAGUUUUGUACACCAGCGCCUGGCAGAAUCAGACUCCAUGCUGAUAGCAGGAUCCUCUAUGCAGGUGUACUCUGGUUACAGGUUUGCUCUUGCUGCCCAGGAGAAGAAGCUGCCAAUUGCAGUCCUUAACAUUGGGCCCACCAGGUUGGAUCACUUUGCAUCCUUAAAGCUGAAUUCCCGCUGUGGAGAGCUGCUGCCUUUGAUUGUCUGCACAUGACCCAACCAGCUGAGCUUCAGUAGCUAGCAGGAUUUAAGUUAUUUUUACAAGGACUCAUCUCAGAAAGGGGAAAACUCCAAUCCAAGAGGCAGCUGUGGGAUGCAGUGCACGGCAGCUGAGGACACCAGGAGAGGGCAGCAAGCCCCACACGUGUCAGCCUCACCAGUGCUCUCCACUGAAACCAUCUCCACGUAUCAGGAAACAGAAUGAGGAUGAAAAAAAAAACUGUUCUUCCUGAAGCUUGGAUAGAGGAGCUGAGAGUACCUUAUAAUGGAUUUUUCUUCUGCUCCCCUGAAAAUGGGGUUGGAGUUACCCAAAGCAAAUAAAAGUUACUUCCUAUUUGGC